AGUUGCUGAGCACUCGCGAAGACAGUGCUCAAACUGUCAAAGAACGGCGACGCUGUGCUGCAUGCCAACGUCAAAAGUGAGACCAAGAGUGAGACUCAAAGGCCCACUUGAAAAGUGCUGGGUGGAAGGCGCUUCCCUAGCUUCUGUUGCUUCGCUCUCCUUAUCGAAUUCGCGCCUAGCUUUUGCACUCAGAAAGUGGGCGGAGAGAGAAGAGGAUUGACUGUGAGGGGUAAUCAGUCGCGUGGAUUCUGGCCACGUUCCGAGUCAAAGGUGCCCAGAAGGAAGGACGGCCUGGCAUUUGAUGGGGGUUUUGCUGAUUAGCAUCAACAACUCCAAUUUGAACUCAGAAGGCCCGGUACUUAGAUGAAUCAACGACAGCUUGAAACGGUGAACAUGUCAGCUUGAGUUGCUGGCGGCAUUCUGGCAUUCAGUGCUGGUGCUCAAGAGGGGGUACGCCGGUGACUGCACAUGUGCGCCCAUUUGUACCAAUCUGCCGGAGCGGUGGUACGGCUCAGGGACCCAUAGAUUAGUGAACCUUUGUUUAGCACGUCUGCAACUUUGACGACACUUUCUUUCCAAGGAAACAAUCAGGGCAGUAAUCAGGAGCAGGCGGGCAGCAUCAGGGGGCGCUGAGUUUGUCCACGUUGGCCCAAGUGGGUGGUGCAGUCUUCAGGGGCGGCUGCCAUGACUUCACCGGGGCCCACUCCCCGGACACGGCAUCGGAAGAAAAAGUCAGCGUCAGCGGAGAUCGAUAGUUCGCAACUGGGAGAUGUCGGAGAUGCCAAGGGGGCCAUGGCGCCGCAGGAGGGUCAGGGCCACUCGCGGCGGAACAGCCACGGGCACGGGCAUGGCCACGGGCUGCUGGUGGACCGGCAGGACAAGUACGCGAGUCUGCGCAUCCGCGCGCUGAGCAGCGUGUGGAUGAUUGUCUCGUUCUGCGCGGUGAUUUACCUGGGGCACAUUUACAUCUGGGCCAUGAUCGUGGGCAUCCAGAUCGUCAUGGCCAAGGAGCUCUUCAAGCUGGCCGCCCUGGCGCAGCGCGAAAAGAACCUCCCCGGCUUCCGCCUCAUCAACUGGGCGAUCUUCUUGACGGGCAUGCUGUACGUGUACGGGCGCUUCAUGAACCGGCAGCUGACGGUGACCAUCUCGAGCGACCGCCAGCUGGCGCGCAUCUUCAUCGUCUUCCUGCGCUACCACACGCUCAUCUGCUACUCGCUCUACAUCGGAAGCACGAUCACUUUCAUUCUGAGCCUGAAGAAGGGGCUGUACCAGUACCAGUUCGGGCAGUACGCGUGGACGCACAUGAUCCUGUUCGUGGUGUUCACCCAGAGCGCGUUCACGGUGGCCAACGUGUACGAGGGCAUCCUGUGGUUCCUGCUCCCCGUCGCGCUCAUCAUCAUCAACGACAUCUCCGCGUACCUCGUCGGCUUCUUCUUCGGCCGCACGCCGCUCAUCAAGCUCUCGCCCAAAAAGACCUGGGAGGGCUUCAUCGGGGCCUCCUUCAUCACCAUGGCGGCAGCCUUCCUCCUGGCGGGCAUCCUGGGCCGCUACCAGUGGAUGACGUGUCCACGCACCGACCUGUCCACGGGCUGGCUCACCUGCGACCCGGGCGAGCUGUUUGUCCUGCGCCACCUCAAGCUCCCGCGCUUCCUCGAGGCGCUGCUUCCAGACUGGUUCCGGUGGCAGUCGUGGACGUAUUUGCCCAUCCAGAUCCACGCGCUCGCGUAUGGGCUCAUGGCCAGCAGCAUCGCCCCCUUCGGCGGCUUCUUCGCGAGCGGGUUCAAGCGCGCGUUCAAGAUCAAGGACUUUGGCGACAGCAUCCCGGGCCACGGCGGCAUGACGGACCGCAUGGACUGCCAAAUGGUCAUGGCCGUCGCGGCCUACAUCUACUACCAGUCCUUCAUCGCGCACCGCAGGCUCUCCGUCGACAGCCUGCUCCCGCGGAUCCUGAAGCUCUCCACGCAACAACAAGUAGAGCUGUAUUACAAACUCGGGAAUAUACUACACGGAGAAGGGAUAACAUUCUAGACGUGGGACGUUUUCGUUCUUGCCUGCAUAGCAUACAAGUCGAGGCACUUCUUCGGCUGGACUUCCUCAAAUAAUGGGUCAUUGCAACGUAUGGCCAGAGAGCGAAGAAUCGUCGAGUCAUAAGGCUCCCAACCCAAUGUGCUG